AUGUCAGUGGAUCCAAGACGAGAAAAAGGCCAGAUCAAAUACGGACAUUUCAUCAGUAACUGCUACGUUCCCAGAACUAUUGCUCUUACAUACGACGACGGUCCAUCGGAGAACACUGAGGAACUGCUGAACAUUCUCGACGAAGCUGGUGCAAAGGCGACCUUCUUCAUUGCAGGGAAUAGCAACGGCAAAGGUCCUAUAGACACUACGUCCAAAUGGACCGAUGUGAUCAAACGUAUGGUCGAGGAUGGCCACCAAGUUGCUUCUCAUACCUGGUCCCAUCCGGACAUGGACGAGAUGGGCUCGCAAGAUCGCCGACUUGAUAUGGCCAAAAACGAAAGAGCUCUCGCCAAUAUCCUAGGCAAAUACCCAACAUACAUGCGGCCGCCUUACCUCCAUUGUAACAAUCAGAGUGGUUGUCUGAGUGACAUGAGAGACCUUGGAUACCAUGUCAUUUCAUAUGCAUUCGACAGUGGCGACUGGAUGGACCCCAACAAUCUCACUGCAAUGACCGAGAGAGUUGACCGUGCCUUCCAGAGCACGGAUGCGCAGGAGGGCAGGAUGUUGCUGAUCCAGCACGAUACCAUUCGCACUUCAGCCGUCAAUCUUACAAAAUAUGUUCUGGACAUGAUCUCCCAGAGAGGAUGGAAAGCUGUCACGGUCGGAGAGUGUCUCGCUGAUGAUCCUGAACGCUGGUAUCGGGAUCCUGCUUGGAUCAGCCUCGCCUCAAGAUCGAAGAGGGGAUGUGUUGUCUCAGGCAGAGAUUUCUGUGGGGACGUACGGAGAUUCCACACCAAGGUCGAAUGCUUUAGAAGCAACGUCCAAUGUGAGCAAGCUGCUUUAGAGUGCAUGAACUCUGGAAGCACAGACAAGAAGGACUGCGAAAAGCUGGAAACGAUCUGCAGCAUGCAGUUCCUCUUCUGCUCAACAUGCGGAGAACCAGAACCUCCUUGUGAUAUUGGGAACUUCAACGUCGACAAGCGAGCAUGA